UAUUGACCGCUUACGGACGAGUUUCUGAAUAUAAUAAAAAAGAAUAUUUCAAUAUUUACUUUUUUAAUGCAAACGUUAUCUAGUUGAAAAAAUAUUUAUAUCAAAACUGAAUUAUAUGUUUAAUUCUGCAAUAAAGAUAAAUUUGAAAAAAUUUGUAUAAUGAGCUCAUCAUUAAAUGUUGAAAUAGCUAACGAUAGUGAUAAUAUUAUCAAGCUUGAAGCAAUAAAAAGUGCAUUAACAAAUGAUUGGAAAUUUUUAAAAGAAAUUUAUGAUUUACUUUUGGAAGGAAAUGUUUUCCCGGAAAAUAUAAAAAAUGGUUUCAGUGGUUGCGGAAAUCAUAAAAUCGUUGAUUACAUUUGCCCAAGUGAAUUAAAAAAAAAAAUUGAUUUAAAAAUUGAUAAUUCGUCAAAGUCAUCUUCGUUCUACGAAACGAAUAACUAUGAAAAUAUUAAGGAUAUUCUUAAAGAUGUGAUUAAAUAUUCAGUCAAAACAAAUCAUCCAUAUUUCCGUAAUCAACUAUUUGGUCAAUUGGAUCCCUUCGGUUUGGCCGGAACUUGGAUAUCAGAAGCUUUAAAUACAAGCACGUAUACUUUUGAAGUUGCUCCAGUAUUUUCGCUUAUUGAAACGGAAAUAAUUCAAACGUUUUGUAAAUUUUUCCAAUUUCAGAAUGGUGAUGGAAUUUUCGCUCCAGGUGGAUCCAUUUCAAAUAUGUACAGUAUUGUCCUGGCCAGAUAUAAAAAAUUUCCAGAAACGAAAACAAAAGGAUUAUUCGGUUUACCGCCUUUAGUUAUAUUCACAUCAGAAGAAUCACAUUAUAGCAUAAAGAAAGCAUGUAAUUGGCUUGGCUUCGGGUAUAAUAAUUGUAUUACAAUAAAAACAAAUAAAUUUGGUCAAAUGCUAGUAGCAGAUUUGGAAGAAAAAAUACUUGAGGCAAAAAAUGAACAUAAAAUACCAUUUUAUGUUAAUGCUACAGCAGGUUCAACCGUUUUAGGUGCAUUUGAUAAUUUAGAAGAAAUAAGUGAUGUUUGCAAAAAGUACGAUUUAUGGCUUCAUGUCGAUGCAUGCUUAGGAGGCGCCGCAAUUCUAUCAAAAAAACACAAAAAUCUACUCAAUUCAGUAUCAAAAGUGAAUUCAAUAUCAUGGAAUCCGCAUAAAUCAUUAGGAGCACCUUUACAAUGUUCUUUAUUUCUAGUAAAUGGAAAAGAAAUUAUGACCAAUGGCGAUGUCAAUCAUGAACACACUGACAGUGAUUCAUCUACAACAUCUUUACUUUCACAAUGUAAUGCAAUCGAGGUUAAAUACCUAUUUCAACAGGACAAAUAUUAUGAUGUAUCAUAUGAUACAGGAAAUAAAAGUAUUCAAUGUGGUCGUAAAAUUGAUGCAUUCAAAUUUUGGGUUAUGCUGAAAGCAAGAGGAUUAACAAGCUUCGAAACGCUAAUUGACAAUGCUUUAGAUAUUGCAAAUAAAUUUUAUAUUAAAAUAAAAAACCGUCCCGGUUUCCGUUUAGUGCAAGAAAAAUUUCAAUAUACAAAUGUAUGUUUUUGGUAUAUACCGAAAAAUAUGAGAAAUCAACCGGAAAAUGAAAAUUGGUGGAAAAUUAUUAACACGGUUGCUCCAAAAAUCAAAGAGAAAAUGAUUAUGUCAGGUACCAUGAUGGUUGGUUAUACACCUUUACCAUAUCGAAAUUUAGGAAAUUUCAUACGAAUGGCAUUUACAUGUUUUCCGGUUUUAAAUGAAAAUGAUAUAGAGUUUUUAAUAAAUGAAAUCGAAAAUCUAGGGGAACAAAUUUGUUUGUAAAAAUUUUUGGUUUUUUUUUUGUAAGUUUUAAGUUUUUGUUUUUUUUUUACAUUUUUAUUGUAACUUUUUUUGUUAAUAAAAUAGGGAAGUAAUUUAUAUAAUUAUAUGGGUAACUUUUAUAAAUUAUCUUCUAAAUAAAUUAAGAA